AUGACACACACACGGAGGAAGUCCCUUCCCAUGCUGAGUUCGGGCCCCUCUGGCCGCCAGGAGCCCCUGCAGAUGGAAGGCAGCAGUACGGAGCCGGGGGCAGAGAGUGUGGAAGCAGGCAUGCCCGAGAGCCCGGGGCACCUCAGUGGGCGCCGCAAGAACUACCCACUGCGUAAGCGCCCGUUGGUCCCCGAGAAGCCCAAGGCCUGCAAAGUGCUGCUGACCCGCCUGGAGAAUGUGGCUGGUCCACGGAGUGCAGAUGAGGCUGAUGAGCUGCCCCCUGACCUGCCCAAGCCCCCGAGCCCAGCCCCAUCCAGUGAGGACCCUGGCCUUGCCCAGCCCCGCAAGAGGCGCCUGGCCUCCCUCAAUGCAGAGGCCCUCAAUAACCUGCUGCUAGAGCGGGAGGAUGCCAGCAGCCUGGUGGGCACCCGUCGCAGCCGAGGGGGCGACUCUCACCGCAGCCGGGACCGGGCCGCGGGGGGCUGGUCCUCCUCCAAGAAACGGCCCCGGCUCGAGGACCUUGGAGGAGGAAGUCGGGACCUGUCCCCAGAGCCAGCACCAGAUGAGGGUGCCCGUCGAGAUGGUGACCCAGCGCCCAAGAGACUGGCCAGCCUGAAUGCAGCUGCCUUCCUGAAGCUGAGCCAGGAGCGGGAGCUACCCUUGAGGCCACCUCGUGCCCACCCAGAAGCAGAUGGGCGCUCCACAGAGCCACCGGCGCUGAGGGCUCCGAGGCCAAAGUGGGCUAAUAAGGUCAAUGGCAAGAACUAUCCCAAGGCCCAGCAGGGCCCUGGCUCUGGGGAGGCUGUGGGCCCACUCGGCUGGCAGAGGCACCCCGAGGAGCCAUGGCCAUCUGCCACCCCUCGGGGGCCAGCCAGCCAGCCACCUUACCAGCCCCUGAGCAAGGCUCUGGAGAGUCCCUUGGGGCUACGCCCCCACCUGCCUCUGCUGAUGGGCGGGCAGGCAGCCUUGAAGCCGGAGCCUGGGCGCCCAGGCGAAGAGUCACCCGCCCCCAAGCAGGAACUGCACCAGCCUUCUUUCCCCACACCCCAGCUGUCCCCCCUGCCGAUGCCUGGCAACCCUGCCCACUACAGUGGCCUGUGCGGUCGACCUGAGCUCACUGCAGUAGGCAGCUUCUACCUUUACUGCAGCCAAGACGGGCUGCAGUGUGGAGGCUACGCCCCCUCCCCCAUGCUUCCCGAGGGCAAGUUGUCCCCAGUGGCUGCACCUAACGAGGGGCUCCUCUUGGCACCGAGCUCAGUGCCCACAGGCACCCCUUUCCAGCACCCUCCCUGGGGCUCUCGCUACUGCUCUAGCGAGGACACUGGAGUGAAUGGCUACAGCAUCUGUGAAAUGUUGCCCCCAUCUCUUACCCACAUCGGCACUACCUGCGGCGGCUGCCCCUACAAAAUGCCUUUUGCAGCAGAAGGCUGCAGGUCCCUGGGCCAGCUGGAAUUUACUCUCCCGGAAGCCGGCCACCCUGCCUCACCUGCCCACCCCCUCCUGGGAUGCCCUGUGCCCAGCGUGCCACCUGCAGCAGAGCCCGUCCCCCAUCUUCAGACACCCACCUCGGAGCCCCAGACAGUAGCCCGCGCGUGCCCUCAGAGCGCCAAGCCUCCCAGCGGCUCCAAGUCAGGUCUGCGCACAGGCUCCAGCUGUAGGCACACGGCAAGAAGCAAGGCCGCCUGCAGGCCCAGCCACCCCAAGCAGCCACGUGUCCAGCGCCCGCGCCCACGCCGCCGCCGCCGCCGCCGCACUAAUGGCUGGGUGCCCGUCGGGGCUGCUUGUGAGAAGGCUGUCUAUGUCUUGGAUGAGCCAGAACCAGCCAUCCGAAAGAGCUACCAGGCGGUGGAGCGGCAUGGAGAGACGAUCCGAGUCCGGGACACUGUCCUUCUCAAGUCAGGCCCACGAAAGACGUCCACACCUUAUGUGGCCAAGAUCUCUGCCCUUUGGGAGAACCCUGAAUCAGGAGAACUGAUGAUGAGCCUCUUGUGGUAUUACAGACCAGAGCACUUACAGGGGGGCCGCAGUCCCAGCAUGCACGAGCCUCUGCAGAAUGAAGUCUUUGCGUCGCGACAUCAGGACCAGAAUAGUGUGGCCUGUAUUGAGGAGAAAUGCUAUGUGCUGACCUUUGCGGAGUACUGCAGAUUCUGUGCCAUGGCCAAGCGCCGAGGCGAGGGCCUCCCCAGCCGAAAGACAGCACUGGUGCCCCCCUCUGCAGACUACUCUACCCCGCCACACCGCACAGUGCCCGAGGACACGGACCCUGAGCUGGUGUUUCUUUGCCGCCAUGUCUAUGACUUCCGCCAUGGCCGCAUCCUCAAGAACCCUCAGUAG